CUGACAACAGAGGUAAUCCCCACGCCUCCUUGCCUACGCUCGUGCUUCCUUUGUGAAGUUACUGCAUUGCCUCGGCACACCAAUCAGGUCGCAUUCCGGGUUCAGGACACCAUGACUGGAGGAGUCCAGGACGAAGGUACAGACGAGGAAUUUCUCAAAUCACCUUUCAUUAGAGACGAAGGAAAUAUAUACAAACCAAACAACAAAAAUAUGGAUAACGACAGCGUGAACGAGAAGACAUUUGAAGAUGUUCACACUAAAGAAAUCGACCUAGUCAACCGGGACCCCAAGCACUUAAAUGAAGACGUUGUAAAGGUGGACUUUGAGGAUGUCAUCGCUGAACCUCCUGGCACCUACAGCUUCGAUGGCGUGUGGAAGGCCAGCUUCACCACAUUCACGGUGACCAAGUACUGGUUCUACCGGCUUCUGACAGCACUGGUGGGCAUCCCGCUGGCGCUGGUGUGGGGCAUCUUCUUCGCCAUCCUGUCCUUCCUGCACAUCUGGGCCGUGGUGCCGUGCAUCAAGAGCUACCUGAUCGAGAUCCACUGCCUGAGCCGGGUCUACUCCAUCUGCAUCCACACCUUCUGCGACCCCUUCUUCGAGGCCAUGGGCAAGUGCUUCAGCAACAUCCACGUGCGCGCGGUCAAGGAGGUGUAGGACCAAGCGGAGGAUGAGGAGGAGGAGGAGGAGGACGAAGAGGGGGCGUGUCAUUUCAGGGGUGGGGUUGGAGGGGAGUUGAGGAUGGGGCAGACCGCAGGGCCAGGGAAAAACACCACCCCCAUUCAGAAAAAUCGGUGACCUUUCCAAAAGCCAUGGGAUUCUUUUCUCAGUGUAGCGAACAGGGGCUCAGAACAACAAAAAAAUAAAUAAAAAUUAAAACUUUUCAUCCUCUUCCUCAUUCUUUGACCAUUCUUCUCCUCACUGCAGGCCUGUGCCGGCCUUCCAUGGCAGCCUUUCCUGACCACCGUGUCAAUGUGGUCAUGUGUAAAAGUGGCCAUGUUGUCUUUAUUCGUGUGCUCACUCAUUCCAUUGUCCUGCCGUUUGUAUGAGGCCUCUCGCUGCUGUGGGUCACGGUCAGCUGUCCAGAGCAUUUUGUUUGUUUGGCUCUCGCUGUCUGCAGAGCCGUAGUGUAUGUGUGCUGCCUGGGGCCACUGAAUUUGGGGUUGGGGGUGGGGUGGGGUUUGUUGUUGUAAACUUUGUGUGAACGCCCCGUCAAAACGGCCCACCUGCUGCAUACCUGGGCCAUUCCGUUAUAAUCAGACAGACACGCAACCGAGCCACGUGUGGACUCAGUGUUUCCUCAUGUCGAGAAGACACCCCCGGUUAGCCACAACUUGCGUCCAAAUAAAAUGUAUUCAUUUGCAGAGGAGAGGAGUGUGAACAUUCUCAUUUUUAUUUUUAAUCCCGUGAAUUGUCAGCUAAGCUGCUUGACCACACCAGCAAUUCACACUGUGUGGACUGUGUUACAGAUGACAUCAUCACUGUAAAGAUGAGUUAAAUCAUCCUCUAGCUGGAUUCUCCAGAGAUGAACUCUGGAUCUUAAUUAUUGAGCUUUAAACAUUUUUAUGUAGACAUGAGUGGAAAUUCGCUGUAUUUCAUAGCCAAUGUAAUCCAUAACAUAUAUUUGUCUCUUGGCCUGUAGGUCACAGAUGGACAAACACUGGUUAAUUUCUGGCAGCAAAACAAAUUAAAAGUCACCUCCCAUCCCCCACAUACACACACUGUUGAGACUCAAUUCAGGGGGGUCGUUUUAUACUGACAUCAGUUCACUAUGGAGGUGGGGGGUGGCAUUUUAUAACACUAACUCAUUUUACUUUGUUUACAUGCUAUUUCUGAAGAUGGUUAUUUCACAAUGCUUGAGGAUGGUUAUUCACUUUUAAUAGGUCAUAUUUUAUAUGUUAUGAGUUUCCUUUUGCUGCUUUCACUGUAUAACUGACAUCACGCUGAUCACAUUAAACCAAUUUAACCGGC